AUGCCGACCACCAAACCCAACGCGCCGACCUCCGAGGCUGAUGGUCCCCACGACAACAUCGACACGAUCCGCAUCCCAGAGCCCCAUGGGGCAUAUCUCCAGACCCGUGGCGCAAGAGCUGCUCGUCGCAUAUACAAGGCCAUGGGUGUCUGGCCUUGGGACAUAGUCCCCGAGGCGCCCCCAAAGAUGUGGGCCAUUAACCUGCUCGAGGACCUGGCGCUGGUCGCGGAUCAUGUCGCGAGGAAUCCCGGAGACACCUUGGAGGAUCUCCAGGGGGAGCUGCGAAAGUCCCUAGCGCGCGACCGGAAACCUUCCUAUGCUGGUAAAUUGAUGGCGCAGGAUGUCCAUGCAGCAAAGAAGCGUUUCGUGCGAACAAUCCCACAAUCGCCAACUCGAGAUCUCCAAGAUGAUGGGACUGGCGAUGACAGCGGCACCGUCGAGCGACGAUCAGGACGACGACGAAGAACGACAAACUACAGCGCCCCAGACUCGCCCACCGAUCCUUCUCGAUCGCGUCGCCAUACUUCCUCAGAGGAAAGCGAGGAGCACAUGGCUUCAUCCAUUACUGUUGCCUCCGAGUUUCCUCCAUCUCCUCCUCUUCCUCGCAGUGUCAGAACGCUCAAGCGACCGGCUACCACGAUACCCAGUCCGAUAGAGAAGCGCAUCCGCCACAGCUCGCCAGAAGGCUCGCGCUUGUCUGCUGCGCAGAGUUUGAUGAUGUUCAGUUCCCCAAUGGCUACUUACCAAAUGGCUACAUCUUUUGGCCCGAACGCUACAUCUAAUGCGACUCGGUCCCUCGAUGCCAGCAAUCUCUACGAGCCCCUCCAGUCCGCGACAAAUGUCUACACCGCGGCCAUCGAUGGCUACGUCCGGUCAAUACGCGCUAACCUCGCUGUUGCCCAAAAGGAGAUAUUUCCACAUCGAACCACACACCAGGAGGCCAUGAGCAAGCUUCGCGCAGCUCAGGAUCGGGUGCAGGAUAUACAGAACGACAUCGCAGACUCGCAAGAGAAGCUGCGCAGACUUCUCGAGGAAACUGCUCAGCAAGACGCGAUUGCACCCCAACUCCAUGCCCUCCAGGAGAACAACAUGUCUCUGCCGCCCGAGAUUGCACAGGCGAUACAGAGCUAUGACUCACGGAGGGCAGCUAAGAACGAGGAGGUCAAGAAGCAAGAGGCGACAAUAGGUGCACAACAGGCAGAGCUAAAACGGGCGGCGGAAGAUCUGGAUGCAGCAGAGAAGAACUCCACGGGCCUCGAGACAGACAUCCAGGAUCUCCAGGCGGCCGUCACACGCGGCACCGAGGCAGCAAGACUGGCCAACAUGUUUGGCGUCGUGGUCCAGCUGGGACCAGAGGGCCUGGCGGCCAUCGAGCGGAUAUACCCCGAGAUUGGUUCACUGCUUGACUCGCUGCUCGCUUCAAAGAGCAACGGUCAGCAGCAGCAGAACCACCAGGUGCAGGAGAUUGUGGACAGGGAGCGGACUAAUGGAUUGUGA